CGGGAGCGUCCCCCGCCCUCAGAUCCGCCGCUCGGCCGCGCUCUCCCGCCACCGCUGUCCCAGUCCUGCGGCCGGUUCGGGGCCGUGGCCCGGGGGGCAGGGCCCGGGCGGCGUGAGCGGCGGGGCCGCGCUGGCCUGGCCUGGCCUGGCCUGGCCUGGCCUGUGCGGAGGCACUGCCCGGCCCGGCGGCGGCGAGCGGUCCCCCGGCCCCUUCCGCCAUCCCCGCGGCCUGCGCGAUGCCCCUUGUCCCUUCGAUCCCCCGGCCCCUCCGGGGCGGCCCCGCGCGUCUAUGGCCGGUGCUGUGGAUUCGGGAGGCGCCGCCGCGGCCCCCGCGCUGGUUCGGCGGUGGCUGAGGCGUGUGUUCGCUUCACCGAUUCCUGCCCGCUUUGGCUGUCUUUGAUGAGAUCGUUAAGACAAGAAUUAUUUCAUGGUCUUUCUCCUCUACAAAGAAGCUUUGUUGCCAAGAUUUACUCUGAAAAUGACCUACAGUACCGACUGCAGAUGUCUGCAAAUGUAGAAGCUGAUAAAUUGUAUCUCCUUCUCUCCCCAACUUUCCUAUUUCCUGUGGAAUUUACACUUCUAAACUUUUUUAAAGUUAGACCUCUAUUGAAGACAUUUGGAUUACAACUGUGAGCAUAUCUAUGCAAAGAGACGAGCUACCUUGAGCAAUUUUGAGUUUUGUUCAGUGGAGGGACUGUUGUGGAUCAGCCAUGCUAAAGGGCAAGUGAUGGAGAUAAGCAUGAGAUCACCGAGGCACAGCUGCAUGUGUAGUCACUCUUGAAGCAAUUGCACACCUAAUUGGCUGACAAUCUUGGCAUUUUCAAAAUAAACACAAGCCUUUUAAAGACAGGGGACGUAUUUAUGUAUGAAUAGUCAAAUAAACCUGUUGGGUGUCAUCAAUGGAGCCCUCUGGCACUGAACAGUUGUGUGAUGACCCUGAUCCUGGAGGCAAAUCCCAAGAUCAAGAGACCAAAAAACCACACGAAUCAGAGCAAAAAUUAUCCAAAAUAACGCAUAAUGCUUUGGAGAACAUUAAUGUCAUUGGUCAAGGCUUGAAGCACCUGUUCCAGCAUCAGCGCAGGAGGUCGUCCGUUUCUCCACACGAUGUGCAGCAAGCUCAGGCUGAGCUGGAGCCUGACCUGGAUUUGGAGAGCCAAAGCGUCUGUGCUGACAUUGAUGGUGUCUCCACCCACCCCACAGCUCUGAACCGGGUGCUUCAGCAGAUCAGAGUGCCACCUAAAAUGAAGAGAGGGACGAGCCUGCACAGCAGGUGGGGCAAGGCAGAUGCCCCGAAAGGAAGCCCCCAGAUCAACAGAAGGUCUGCCCAGGAUAUUCAGUCAGGUCGGCCCAGAUCAUCAUCCACUACAGAUGCUCCCACAAACUUGUCCGUGAUGGAGAUUGCUUCUUCUAUCUACGUAGGUGGAGAGGAGGCCGCAGCAGCAGCAAUCGAGCGAUUGGAAGUCAGCAGCUUGGCGCAGACCUCCAGUGCCGUGGCCUCCAGCACUGAUGGCAGCAUCAACACGGACUCUGUUGAUGGGACCCCAGAUCCGCAGAGGACAAAAGUGGCCAUCACACACCUGCAGCAGAAGAUACUGAAGCUGACUGAGCAGAUCAAAAUUGAGCAAACAGCCCGUGAUGAUAACGUGGCAGAGUACCUGAAAUUGGCCAACAAUGCAGACAAGCAGCAGAGCGCCCGCAUUAAGCAAGUGUUUGAGAAGAAAAAUCAAAAGUCAGCCCAGACCAUCUUGCAGCUGCAGAAGAAACUGGAACAUUACCACCGAAAGCUGCGAGAGAUUGAACAGAAUGGGAUCCCUCGGCAGCCAAAGGAUGUCUUCAGGGAUAUGCAUCAGGGUUUGAAAGAUGUUGGAGCAAAAGUCACUGGCUUCAGUGAGGGAGUGGUAGACAGCGUAAAAGGUGGGCUUUCCAGUUUCUCCCAGGCCACACACUCGGCAGCAGGAGCUGUGGUUUCCAAACCCCGGGAGAUUGCCUCCCUCAUAAGAAACAAGUUUGGGAGCGCAGACAAUAUUGCUAAUCUGAAAGACUCCUUAGAAGAAGGCCAGGAGGAUGGGACAGGAGGCAAGGCUCUAGGCAUUAUUCAGAACUUUCAGUCAAGCCCAAAAUAUGGCAGUGAAGAGGAUUGCUCCAGUGCCACGUCGGGCUCGGUGGGAGCCAACAGCACAACGGGGGGCCCUGUGGGAGCUUCCAGCUCCAAAACAAACACUCUGGAUAUGCAGAGCUCAGGGUUUGAUGCAAUAUUGCAUGAGAUUCAAGAAAUUCGAGAGACACAGGCAAGACUGGAAGAGUCAUUUGAGGACCUUAAGGUUCGCUACCAGAGGGAUUACACGUUGAUAAUGCAGACCCUGCAGGAGGAGCGGUACAGAUGUGAAAGACUUGAAGAGCAGUUAAAUGACCUGACUGAGCUCCACCAGAAUGAGAUCCUCAAUUUGAAACAGGAGCUGGCCAGCAUGGAGGAAAAGAUUGCCUAUCAGUCUUACGAGCGAGCCCGGGACAUCCAGGAGGCACUGGAAGCGUGCCAGACACGCAUCUCCAAGAUGGAGCUGCAGCAGCAGCAGCAGCAAGUGGUGCAGUUGGAGGGGCUGGAGAAUGCCACAGCCAGGAACCUGCUGGGGAAGUUCAUCAACAUCCUGCUGGCUGUCAUGGCUGUCCUCCUCGUCUUCGUCUCCACUGUGGCCAACUGUGUUGUGCCCCUCAUGAAGACUCGCAAUAGGACGUUCAGCACUUUAUUUAUAGUGGUUUUCAUUGCCUUUUUGUGGAAGCACUGGGACGCCAUCACCGGCUACUUGGAACGGUUCUUGUCUCCCCCCAGAUGAUGGCGGCAGGAAUGGGCUGUGUUGCUCCCUCCCGGCGCUCUUGGUGAGCAAGUGUGACAAAGAUUAGUCAGCAACUACUCCGCUGAAGUUUUAAAGUGUCCGAGUGAAUUUGUUUACAUUUAGAAUAACAUUUUUUCUCUGCGAGAUGCAUUGCAAUAGUAUUUUUUAGAUUUUAUUCAAGAACUCUUUUGGUGAGAAUCCUGGAUAAUUUUUAUGUAGCAUGGUUCUCUUUGGAUGCAAAUCUUGAGAUUCUUUAAAGCGUACAAAAGAAAUUAAUAAAAUACAGAAUUUGGAGCAUACCAACGGGCAAUUUAAAUUGUGGCUUGAACUACUGUACUAAACCUGUCAGGAAGAAGAGAACGUGGUUAGCCUAAGAUGAUCAAAGCUCAAUCUAGUGCACAGCCUUGAAUGAUGGUACCACAGCAAACCUGUAACACUAAACUUUUACUGUGAAGUCUGAUCACAUUCCAUGUCCAAAUGUAUGCGUUCAGAGUGGUUUCUUUCCUUAACAAGAGAAAAACAACGUGUGGAUCUCUCUCUCAGCUCAGCAUCUGGGUUCACCGUUUGUGCUAACCUGACUUCAGUAACUUUCUGUAAGGCUGACUAACUUGGCUGAGUGUAUGGAGUGGAAGCCUCAUGCCAUACACAGUAACUGCACAGUCAUGCUACAGUAUUUUGAAAUAGUCCUUGAAAUACUUAUCUUUAAGCAGAAGCCCUUGGUCGCACUUUUAAGGUUUUUUUUAAUAUAUGUAUAUUCACAGAUUUAAAAAAAAAUCCAAACAGCAUACUUGAAGAGUGUAAUACUCAAACUCUCAGUGCUUCCUUAUUGUUUCUAAUAGGAUUUUUUAUUAUUAUUAUUAUUAUUAUUAUAAUUAUUAUUAUUGGGGGUUUUUUUGGAAGGGGUUGGGAGGGUCAUUACUUUUUUUUCUUUCAAAUAAAGAAGUGAUGUUUGUAAAUGAAGAAAUGCGUGAAUAAUUGUGAGCUGUCUUGUCCUGAAGCAGUUUUGAGGAGGGCGGAGAGUAGUUUCUGAUGCCAGCCUGUCGAACACAGUGCUGUUCACAUGCCAUUUGUCUGUCCUCCUGAGCAUACAGAUGCAGCAUCGUCAAAAACCAUCUGUCUUCUCCACACCUUUUUGUCAUGCAAGGCUUUUUUUCUUUUUCCAGAUGUGAAGGAUAGUAUGUUUAUAUUUCUUGUUUGCAUGUCAUCUCUAAUUCCUGCCUCAGGAUAAGAAGAAGGAAUUUCUGUUCAUCCCUUCCUAGGGAAAAGACAGGUUCUUUUAAGGAAAGAAAUAUUAACUCAACAGUCCACUUAAAAGAAUGGUUGUCUCAGAAAUAGCUCUAAUUUUUAAAGAAACCCCUGAAAAGUGAAACCAAAGUUUUCCUCCUGUCAGGCUCUGGUAAGAUCAUUUGUGUGUCUAUGUCUGUGGUGUGCCAUAGAGAGCAUCCUCUUUUUCAGCCACAGGAGCCAGCACUUGGUGCAGACACCUUUGCAAAGCUCUAAAGGAAAUGUCAGCUUCAAAUGUAACCCCAAGCCUUUGCAGUGUCAUUGCUGGUGACCUGUUGGUACAGGCAGGCAGCCAGCCCUCAUGUCCAAGGAAUCUGUGUUCACUCUGUGCUGGUUUUUAACUGCUGUCCCUUUCACCAUAACAAUGCCAAGAUUCAUCUUUUGUCUUCAUGAAAUCCAAAAAGACUCCAGGAUUCUCUUUCAAAACCAUUUAUGGUGUUUAGUUAGGUCUUACUCUUUUCCUUCCUUGCAGGAUCAAGUUCCCUCUAGGAACCAGAUGUUGCCCACAUGACCUAAACCAGUUGAAAUCAUACACAUACAUUUAUGAGACAUGUACAUCACGUACGUACAUAUACACAGAUGUCGUGCUGUGAUGCAGAUUCUGAGAAAUUCCCUCAAACAAGUUUAACAGUCUUGAGGGUUUUCUGAUUGCCAGUGGAGCAAACCCUCCACCGUUCAACCAUCUUUCUUCCUCCAAAGGUUCUUUUUUUCCAUAGUCACGGGAAACUCAGGUGCCCCCUCCCCAGGGAUCACAGCACACCUCUCUGUCACCAUGUGCACUAGUCUGCUCCUGUCCUACUUAAAAUACAAAUUGCCAAAUGCAGCUGACUCAGGCCAAUGCUGCUUGUGCUUUCUGCAGUGCCACAGCCAGAGCAAAGGUGUGUGGCCAUUCCUCCCCUUGGCCCUGCUCCUCGUUCCAGUGAGGCUCUGCUCUGUUGCCACCCUUCUCUGGUGACUCAUGUUCCUUGGGUAACUAUUAGCUUCCCAUUACACAGUUUUGUCAGAAGCAAAUGUGUGAACAACAGUAAGAACUGAUUUGGGACAUAACUGAAAUGCUUUGUUGCCUUUAUUUCUGAAACCUGGCCUUUUUACCUCUGGUUUUCUCAGUUUUGAUCACACUAGAAUUGUGCAUGGUAGGUUUUUAUGUGGUCAAAGCAGGAAGGAGUUGAAAGCCAAUAGAUCUGGACACUCAGUGCCACUCAUCUGUAGUAUUUAAGGAAGUGUUUGCCCCUCUUCUUUAUAUCCUAAUUUCAUUUAGCGUCUGAACUCUGUCACAUUCAGUAAAUACCAUUUGCUAAUUUGCUAGAAAGGUUCAGGCUUAAUAGAAACUUACACCUCAGAACUGUUUGGUGGAGGCCGUGUACAUGUCUGGACAAAGUGUGUCUGUCUGUCUCUUUCUCUCUCGACAGUUUCUUCCAUUCCAGAAAACUGUCUGCAGUAAUGCCAUGUAUGAUGCUGCAUCCACUUGUCAUAUCUUAACACAACUGCCAUGUGUUUUGCCUUUUGCAUUAGCAGAACGUUUUGGGGUUUUUCUCCCUCUUCAGUUUGAAGGUCUGUGAUGAUUUCUGAUAGCUUAACGAUGAUAUUGUUGGAAAUGUGAUUCUAGCUUUAAAGCUCCCUUUCCUUGUACGUGGUUGUGUUUGCUUUCCUGAUGGAGUGUUUCUGGAUGACAGGCAGAGGACAGUUUCUGCCAUGGAUGUGAGUGCGUGUGUGAGUACCUUUAACAGUCUCCUUUGUAGAUACAAACGUUUUAGUGACCAUCUCAGAGUCGCAGAAUGUUUCCCAAAACAUUUCAUAUUUGGAGUUGAAAAGACACAGAAAUUGCUGAGAUGUGUUUGUAGCACAUAUAACCUUGGCACAUAAAAAGGGAAAAAAUAUAAUGGACUGUGUAAGUUUCAAAAGCAGCAGCUCCUCAUUGACAUUUGAGAGUUCAAAUGAAGUUCAUCUGUUUCCCCUGUGUCCUUCAAUGCAAAGAGAGAAAAUCUUGAUGCAAAAAAAUUUACCAUUUAAAAUUUCAUAAAGUUCUUUUUUUCUCUUAUUAGUUUAGUUUAAUGAUGCCCAGCAUGCUCCCAGCAGUUACUCUGUUGAUUUAUUCCAGUCCCAUAUGUGCUUAGGUCUGAUCAGAUGAAUUGUUGACUUGUGUACAUGUUACACUGAGAUGGGAAAGCAUGGUCUGACAGCUCUGAAAAUAUGCAUUUUUUAUUUAAAAAAAAGCAUUGUAACAAAAGAAGCCAAGCUACAAAGGGUUCAAGAUUGAGUAGUUUUGCCAGUUUUUAAGUGAAUUCUGAAUGUGGCUAAGGAGUUACAAACCCUGUGUGUCUGUGUUGUGUAUGCCAGGUGGUAUAGUUGUAGGCAAUUGACUUAGCUGUAAGUGUGUUUUAAAAGUGUAAAAAAAAUAAACAGAAAAACUCACUUGCACGGGUUGAAAAGUACAGAAAUGACACUUGUGAACGUAACACUGUAGUUUAUAGAUCUUAAGCUGCUAAUUGUUGAGAGAGAUUUACAUUUGUCUUGUCUGAUUGUCACAGAUUUAUCUGUGACACUUUUACUGUAUAUAAAAACUUUAAAUAAAGACCUCAGCUAUUAA